AUGCAUAAUCCAGUCGAGAAACUGGGCCACGGUGAAGAAGACUUUAACUUAACGCCACGUCGUAUGCCGCAAGCUGACGCCGAAAAAACUGGCAGUUUCAGGCCUCAUCUAGUAAUUCUCGCUCUCGGCAAAAGAGUGGUAGUCGCUCCUCAACCAUUCAGCCGUCGACCUUCACUGAUGCGGCGAAUUUCGGAGACUCUAAAAGUUCGCGAGAUGAUCAUAAACGCGACCUACAUUACGAUAAAGCGGACGCUAUUGUAUCCUAUGCAACCUAUUCCUGAAGAUGAACCAACUACAUCCACCUACACGGACGCACGAACCUCGAAUAAUGUACACUUACGAGAGAAACCGAUCCAGAUAUCCGGAGAUCCAGAGGAGAGAGACGAGGAUGAAGAGUACGACGACAAUACCUGCUGUAACCGGGCGACCUUCUGCAAUCCGGUGUUACGAGAGAUCAUCGUAACCGACGUAAUUUCCACGUGUUUCGAGCUGCAACUGACCUGGGCGGACCUUUUCUGGCUCGCUACCGUAAGUGGCAUAACCUUACUGGCCUGGGCAGUUCUGUAUUUCCUGCUAGGCGACGCGAUGUUACCCGGCGGUAGCAUCUUCGGCCUCUUCAUCCUCGUCAUUUUUUCCUACGCGCUCGGCUGGAGCCUUGCCUGGAUCCCCCGCCUGCACCUCCCGCCCGUCUUCGGUAUGCUCCUCGCCGGCAUAAUACUGCGCAACACCGAUAUCUACAACAUACACGACGAGCUCGGACCGGGCACGACCUCAAAGAUCAGGACCUUCUGCCUGACCUUCAUCAUGGUACGUGCCGGGCUGCAACUGACAACGACCGCGCUCAGGGCGCAUCCGGUGUUCGUGAUGAUCCUCGCGCUCGUACCGUGCACCAUCGAAAUGCUGACGGUUAGCAUUUCGUGCAGAUACCUCCUCGAAUAUCCGUGGAAUUGGUCCUUAAUGACGGGGACAAUCGUGGCUUGCAUGUCUCCCGUAGUGACUGUCCACUGUAUGCUGACUUUGGCUGAAAGCGGUUACGGAGAAGACAAGGGAUUGGCCAGCUUAUUAUGCACGGCGACAUCCAUCGAUGAUGUUCACAUCGUGUCUCUGUUCUCCAUUUUCUUCUCUUUCGUUUUCAGCAACGAUGACAGGAGAACAGAAUGGUGGUCCUAUAUCCCCGGCGGGAUUCGAGAUUUCCUCCUGGGACUUAUAGUGGGAAUUAUCUUGGGCUUUGCCCUGGCCUUUUUCCCUCAUCGCAAUCACAAAUACGCAACGUGGUAUCGGAUCGGUGCUUUAGCUCUCGCGUCUUUAAUGUGCACCACGGCGGCAUCGAAACUGGCGGUCACAGGUGGAGGAUAUCUCGCCACUAUUAUACUGUCAUUCAUAGCUAUUCAUGGAUGGCGAAUCUUAACAGUUUCAUACGAUACAACGCCUUUUCACAAAACGUUUUAUUUCCUAUGGUAUUUCGUGCAACCGAUUUUAGGAGGCGUAAUUGGCGCCGAUAUUGAUUUUAGAAACUGGGCUAUAUCUAGAUUUGGGCUUUAUCUCGCUUGCAUACUCAUGGGCAUAUCCAUGCGUUGUAUUACCGCUUUCUUAACAACGUCUAGAAUGCCUUUUACGUGGAAAGAACGAUUCUUUAUCGCUAUAGCUUGGAUGCCGAAAGGAACUUUGCAGGCAGCACUAGCGCCGAUGGCAUUUGAGCGUGCUAGAAAAGAAGAUGAUCCUACAAAAAUCGAAUUAGCCCUCGACGUGAUGAGAAUAUCCUUCAUCACUAUAAUAUUUCUAGCGCCGCUUGGCGCAUUUUGUAUGAUGACUAGCGGUCCCUUUCUGCUGAACAAGAUCAGUAUCGAGGAACAGCAAAGGGAACGGGAAUUGAGCUACGCGCGCAUCAUCGCUCUGCAACCUGUUAGAACGCGCAAAAAAAAGAAACUCGUCGACAAUACCGUUAAGACUCUCCCGGCAAUAAACUCGACUUUGUAA